AUUUGCACAAUCCUCGGCCUUAUCCACGAAUAUGGCAGCCCCCUUCGCCGGUCCGGAAGCCGUCACAAGCUUCCAUGAGUGUCUCAAGAAAUCCUCUCGGGUGAUGUGUUUGGUAGGUGCAGGACUCUCUUCUGCAUCGGGCUUACCAACUUUUCGAGGCGCAGGCGGGCUAUGGAGGACGCACGAUGCCGUCUCACUCGCAUCACCGGCAGCGUUCGCAAAGGACCCCGCUCUGGUGUGGCGAUUCUACAGUUACAGGCGACAUAUGGCACUGCAGGCCUUGCCCAAUGCAGCCCACUACGCGUUGGCUGAACUGGCUCGUCGAAUGCCAGGCUUCAUCACUCUCAGCCAGAAUGUGGAUGGACUGAGCCAACGAGCUGGUCACCCACGGGACAAUCUUCAGCUCCUGCACGGAACCCUUUUCGAGGUGAAAUGUACCGACCCAGGCUGUGGCUACGCGGCCGAAAAUUUCGUUGAUCCGAUCACUCCUGCUCUGGACAUUCCGACACCAAGAAACCCCGAAUCUGCCAUGCAAGACAUCAGCGAUGCUACGGUGCCGCUACCUGAUAUACCUCCCGAAGGCCUUCCGCAUUGCCCAAGGUGUACGGAGUCGUUGCUGCGCCCGAACGUGGUCUGGUUCGGCGAACAGCUUCCGGUUGCAGUGUUGGACAGGCUCGACGAGUACCUGAAUGAGAGUGAUCACAUCGAUCUCAUCAUGGUUAUCGGCACAGGUGCCAAGGUCUAUCCGGCUGCUGGUUACAUUGAUCACGCUCGCUACAGAUCUGCUAAAGUGUGCGUGGUCAAUAUGGAUCCAAACGAUGUCCCUCCCGGUGGCUGGAAAAAGGGCGAUUGGUUCUUCCAAGGUGAUGCAGCCCAGCUUGUUCCAGAGCUCCUCAGGCCUAUCAUCGGGAAUUUGCCCUCUUAA